AUGUCUUCAAUAACCUACACCGCCGCCUUUUUGACCCUCCUUUCCCUGAUUCCUUCCACCGUAUCGGCACUCACAUCCGAGGCGACAUAUCAAAUAGCACCUUCAGCUCAUUCAGGCAGCUGUUUAGCUCCACAAGGUGACUGGAACGGUGCUAAAGUGGUGAUAAAAGAUUGUGACGAAGAUGAUACAACGUGGAAAUGGACCGGAUCACACUUACAGAACACCGCUACCAACAGAUGUAUCGAUAUUCCUGAUGGGGGUUGGUGGAAUGGAAACAAACCUCAAGUUUGGGACUGUUUCUCCUACAACUCGAAUCAGCAAUACAAUGUUGACGGACAAAACAUCAAGUGGGGGGAUUGGUUCUGUUUCGAUUUAACAGACGGUUCAACAUCUGAAGGAAACGCUAUUCAACUUUGGCAAUGUUAUACUGGAAACACAAAUCAACAAUGGACUUUCUCCGAAGUAGAAGAAGUCGAAGAUGACAGUGGUGAUGACGAUUGUGAAAGUGUCACCGCUUCUCCCACCGCUUCAUUGACCGUAACCUCGGCUGCUGCCAACAGCACUAUCGGUGGCGGACUUUACGCUGGCCAACCCUCGGCAAACUCUACAACUUCUGCAAACUCCACAUCUUCUGCAUGGGAAACCGCAUCAUACACUGCGUCGGUUACCGCUUCGUUUACUACCUCCGUCACUGCCCCUAAUAAUACCGCCUCCGCCACCUCGUCUGCCACCUCGUCUGCAAGCACCUCGAAAGCCACCGGAUCAGUUUCUUCUGGAUACCUCCAGACUAGCGGAUCUAAGAUUGUUGAUAGCAACGGCAACGAAGUUGUGCUCCGAGGUACCAACAUUGGUGGUUGGUUGGUAUGGGAAGAUUGGAUGUGUGGUAUCACCGAUUCUACCAACCCAGAUCGAUUCCCCUUGGUCACUCUUGAAAGUCGAUUCGGUACAGACAAGGCCAACACUCUCUGGGAAGCAUGGAUCAAUAACUGGUUGACUUCAGAUGACUUUGAUAACAUUGCCGACAUCGGUUUCAACGUCAUUCGACUUCCCUUCAGUUUCAGAAACGUAUAUGAUGCUAGUGGCAAUUGGAGAUCGGACGCUUUCACUCAUCUCGAUUGGGCCAUCGCUCAAGCCAAAUCCAGAGGUAUCUACGUUAUCCUCGAUUUCCACAUUUGGGCUGGUCAACAAGCUUCUUACUCUGCCAUCUCCGAAAACACUAGUGACGGUGCCAGCCAACGUGCUGCUGUUGGAGAAAUCUGGAAGAAGGUAGCCGCACAUUACCUUGGAGAAUCGAUCAUCGCCGCUUUCGACGUUAUUAACGAGCCGACCGGUUCUUGGGGUAACAAUCUCCAACAAGAUUUGUACACCGCCGUUCGAUCUGUCGACGCUAACAGAAUUAUCAUCCACGAGUCAAUCAGCGCUGAUCCUUCUCAAUACGGUUGGACUAACGUCGCAUACUCUAUCCACGAAUACCUCAUGAUGGGAUCCGACUACAGCUCCAACGUACAGCAAUACGCCCAAAGUGUCCAAGCUUAUAUUGACACCUGGACCGGAUAUGGGAUCCCCACCAUUCUCGGAGAAUUCAUGGCCGAUGGUGACACCCUCUCUUACAUCCUCAACCAAGCCAAUCAAGCUGGUAUGUCAUGGUUAUCAUGGGCUCAUUCCACUGUCAACAUGGGUCGAUGGGGAUUGUGGAAUCACCAAGCUUUCUAUGUGGAUGUUUCUUCCGACUCAUACGAUACUAUCUUGAACUCGUGGACGAACAUGCCUUCCAAACAACAAUCCACCAUCAUCUACGAUCAAUUCAAGGCUGCCGCUGGAGGAUCCACCAAUGUAUCCAAGAGAGACCUUAGAGUCGCUCCACCUUCCAAGAGAUUGUCCGCUAGACAUGGUGGAAGAUCAAGAAGAUCUGUCCCCGGUCAACACGGUAUUAACGGAGCUUCGUUCUAA